AUGAUCCGCUUCGACGCUUUGCCACCCGAAGUCAUGCAGGCUAUGUGCACCCCGAUGCACCAGAUUCUCGCCCCGGCAGCAUCACCAACGAGUCCAGGGCAAUUCUCUGGGUCCCUCUAUCUGGGGUCUCUCGCGGCCGUCAUGGAUAAAGAGCUGCUGCGUCAACAUAAUAUCACACACAUCGUCCACGUUCUCGAUGCACCUUGGCUUCCCUUGUCCGACAAUGAAGGAUUCAACGGGUACAAGAUUUCUAUCCUCGACCACGACGCAGAGGACCUUCGACCACAUCUAGAAUCGGCGUGUAAUCACAUCGACAAAGCCCUGCGCGGUGGAAAGAACGUACUGGUGCACUGUCAACAGGGAGUCUCUCGCUCAGCAUCGAUUGUCAUUGCGUACCUGAUUCGAAACCAUGGGAUGACUUUUGACAACGCCCACUCUCUCCUCAAACGCAAGCGCCCGUGCGUCAAACCCAAUCCUGGAUUCGUCAAGGCCUUGCAAGAAUGGGAAGCAUUCUGGAAGAGACCGAACCCCAUGCGCCGAUUCACUUCCUAA